CUUGCCGCUCGCGAUUUAAAACUAACCCGGGAGACGUGGUGAGCCAAGAUGAGAAUUCCGCGCUCAGGAACAAUGAAUAGCUCUUCUCCGAAGAUCCAUGGACAGCAGUUCGAUGUUUCAUCCCCUUUGGAACGGGUGCUGUCAGUGCCUCGGCACGGGAAGGCCGUUCUCAGUACUCCUAACACCCCAGUCCUUGAAGACUUUCCUCAGAAUGAUGAUGAAAAGGAGCGGUUGCAGCGGAGACGCUCCAGGGUCUUUGACCUGCAGUUCAGUACAGACUCCGGUCAUCUGCUGGCCUCCCCCAACAGGAAUAUUGAUGCUUCAGCUGCCACAUCUAAGUUUACAAACACACAGAUUACAGAACAUUACUCUACCUGUAUCAAGCUUUCUACUGAAAAUAAAAUCACUACUAAGAAUGCUUUUGGCUUACAUUUGAUUGAUUUCAUGUCAGAAAUUCUUAAACAGAAGGACGCAGAACCAACCAACUUUAAAGUGGCUGCUGGUACCUUGGAUGCUAGCACCAAGAUCUAUGCUGUACGUGUGGAUGCUGUCCAUGCUGAUGUAUACAGAGUCCUUGGAGGGCUGGGCAAAGACAUGCCAUCUCAAGAAGUGGAGAGCCAUGGUGCAGAUGGAAGUGCUGUUGCACCAGAAACAACCAAAAAGACUGCAAAGACCAAGAAGAAGCCAUCCUGCAAAACCAUCGAGCAGAAUCUAAGCAACAUCAACGUCUCUGAAGCAGAUCGAAAGUGUGAGGUGGAUCCUAUGUUUCAGAAGACUGCAGCCUCGUUUGAUGAGUGCAGCACAGCUGGGGUGUUUCUCUCCACCCUUCACUGCCAGGACUACAGAAGCGAGCUGCUUUUUCCUUCAGAUAUGCAGACUCUCUCCUCGGGAGAAGCUCUCGAGUUGCCAGAUUUAGGUUGGGUAGACAUGACAGACUUAAAAGCGCCCCUGCAGCAGUGUGUGGAAGACCGCCAGCUCUGCCCUUCCCUGGCCGGGUUCCAGUUUACUAAAUGGGACAGUGAAACACAUAAUGAGUCUGUGUCGGCCCUGGUGGACAAGUUUAAGAAGAAUGAUGACGUCGUAUUUGACGUCGAUGCUGAGGUUGAAGACAGUGACAAUGGGGAUGUCCCCGAUGGGCCCCUAGUGGAAGACUUUGAUGACAACGAUGAGCCAGACCCUUCUGCAGCUGGGGAUCAUGAAGAGUUGGGAAGCUGGAAGAACCUCUGCCAGGUCCAAAGCAGCCAAGAACAAAUGAUUUCCCUCAGGGACAGAGAUGUCCAAACCAUGUGUACCUUUUUAUCCAUGGAACCUGGAGAAUACUCCUAUUUCAGCCCUCGGACCAUGAAGAUGUGGGCUGGCCCCGAUCACUGGCGCUUUCGGCCUUCUCGACCCAAGCAAGAUGCCACCUCCUAUGCAGAGAACAAAAAGAAGAGUGCAAAGAAGGACUUUGAAAUCAAUUUUGAUGAUGAUAUUGAUUUUGAUGCAUAUUUUCAGAAAACAAAGGCUGCUACCACUCUGACCAAGUUCACUUUGGAGAACCAGACGUGGAAAGCCACCACUCUCCCCACAGAUUUCCACUAUGAGACGGAGGCGCUCGUCCAGCUUCACCUCAAGCCUGGCAUAAAGUUACUUAAGGUGGACAAGAACCAGAAGGCAAAGACUGAGCACUAUGAGGAAAUUGAAGACUAUGAUUACAACAACCCUAAUGAUACCUCCAACUUCUGUCCUGGACUUCAGGCUGGUGACAGUGAUGAUGAAGAGCCAAAUGAUUUAUUUGCGGGGCCAGCUGGGACCUUUGACCUCGAAUCUGAUCCUUGCUGUACGCCAAAGACAACACAGGAGAAUGGUCACAUUUCUUCUGAAAACCAAGGAGUAGAUAUCACAACUUACGGAGAGUCGAACUUGGUGGCUGAGCCUCAGAAGGUAAAUAAAAUAGAAAUUCAUUAUGCCAAGACAGCCAAAAAGAUGGACAUGAAGAAGCUGAAGCAGAGCAUGUGGAGUCUGCUGACGGAGUUUUCUAGAAAGGAGACUGACACAGAGACAAACCAAAGUGUCAAUGGAAAAGAAGGGGCCCUUGAGGAAGUAGCUGACAAGAAGAUGCUCAGUGGACUCACGACAGACCUGCAGAAGAGGCUGCCCCCACUCAUGGCUCAGAACCUCUCCAUACCCUUGGCUUUUGCCUGUCUGCUGCAUUUAGCCAAUGAAAAGAAUCUGAAGCUGGAAGGCACAGAGGAUCUUUCUGAUGUUCUUGUGUUGCAAGGAGACUGAGGCCACUCAGAGAUGCCUGCAGUGGAGGCCACCGUGUUCUCCGGCGGUGGAGAGACAGAGACGCUGGGGUCACCGUGUGGCUGUAGCCAACCACCAUGGUGUUGUCGCUCUCCCCUCUUGCCACCUCAGCAUG